AUGACACUAUCUCAUCCCCACACCCAACAUUUGCCAAUCGUUUUAUCUUUCGAUAUUGCCAGUCCCUAUUUCAGUAAAACACAUUAUUUAUUUAUUAAUUUAUCAUUCUUUUCAAAUCUAUCUUCCUUUAUAAUUAUCUAUCUAUCUAUCUAUCUAUCUAUCUAUCUAUCACUUUAUUUAUUUAUUUAUUUAUUUAUUUCUUCAUUUUUUUCUUUCUUUCUUUCUUUCUUUCUUUCGUUCGUUCGUUCGUUUGUUCGUCCGUUCUCAUUCUCUUCAUAUAUAUCUAUCUCCUUUUUUUCAUAUUUAUUUAUCUUUCGUUCUUCCGUUUUUCUCUUUAUUCUUUCUUUCUCAUUCUGUUCAAAUAUAUCUACCUUUACAUGUUCAUAUCUAUCUAUCUAUCUAUCUAUCUAUCUAUCUAUCUAUCUAUUUAUUUAUCUAUCUAUCUAUCUAUCUAUUUAUUUAUCUAUCAUCUUUCUUUCGUCUUUCUUUCUUUCUUUCGUUUUCUCUUUCUCAUUCUGUUCAAAUAUAUCGAUCUACCAUUAUCUGUUCAUAUCUAUCUUUCUUUCUUUCGUUUUUCUCUUCAUUUUUCUUUCUCUAUAUCUCAUUCUGUUCAAAUCUUUCUAA